GUUGAACUGGAGCUGUGUGUCCUCACCACUUGUCCUUUCACAUGUGCCAGAAAUGAACCUACACGAGUGUCAGUCCAUUUGUGGUAACUGCUGACAUGUUGCAGCUCUUCCUCAUUUAAAUCAAAUGAGCAAGCGAGGGCUAUUCUUAACGGCUGCCAAGAUGGCAUUACAAUUUAAAGAUGCCUUCUGGGGAGAGGACUUCAUCAGUAAUAUUGGGUACGAGACUAUCAGUCAGCGACUUUGUGAUGGUCGACGCACAUGCAAAGAGAUGGAGGAGCUCUUGAAAAUGAGGGCAUCAGCAGAGGAGAAAUAUGGCAAGGAACUGAUCACAAUCGCCCGCAAGACCGGAGGUUUAUAUGAGAUCUGCACCUUGAGAACAUCUUUUGAUGAAAUGAAAACACAAAUCGAAAAUGUCGGAAACUUGCACAUUCAGCUUUCUGGACUCCUGAAGGACGAGGUGAAGAGGAUUGAGCAGUUCAGAGAGCGACAGAAAGAACAGAGAAAAAAGUUUGAAGCCACCAUGGAGAAGGUCCAGAAGACAAAAGUCUCCCUUUACAAGAAAACAGUAGAAUCUAAACGAUCCUAUGAGCAGCGCUGCAGGGAGGCAGACGAGGCAGAGCAAACCGCCGAGAAGAUGGGCAACACUCCCACAGCCACUCCCAAACAGAUCGAGAAGAUGAACAACAAAUCGAAACAGUGCAGAGAAGCUGCAGAAGAAGCUGAGAAACAGUACGUGUCAAACACUGAACAGCUUGACAAGAUUCGCCAAGACUGGGAAUCAACACACAUCAGCACAUGUGAGGUGUUUCAGCAACAGGAAGAAGACCGCCUCACCAUACUAAGGAACGCUUUGUGGGUGCACUGCAACCAUUUAUCAAUGCAGAAUGUGAAGGACGACGAGUGUUACGAGGACGUGAGGAAAACUCUCGAAAAUUGUGACAUCAUCACAGACAACAACUGCUUUGUGCAAAUGAAAAGCACUGGCUCAACCCCCCCAGCUCCAAUCGAAUACCAGAAUUACUACAACAGGGAUGCUACAGCUGACAGAAACGGCAGCGCUGGAUUCGUAGGGGGAGUCAUGAAAAGGUUUUCAAAUCUUCUGCAGGGCAGCUGCUCUGGUGGCUCCAAAAUCAGCAUCAAUGAACCAGUAGCACAACCGACUGGCAUAAUAGCACAAACAUCAGAAGGAGUGUAUGCUUCCAUUCCUGGAUAUCAGAGGUCCCAGCUGAGCACUGAGCAGUACAAGGUCGUGUAUGACUAUGACGCCCAGGGCGACGAUGAGCUCUCUGUAUCUUUUGGGGACUUCGUGGUCGUCAUCGAUCAAGGUGAAGAUGGCUGGUGGACGGUGCAAAGAAAUGGCCAUACUGGUUUGGUUCCAGGCUCUUACCUUGCCAAAGAAUGAGUUUGCCUGACAGCCAUAUGUAGGACUGUAGAACUACUACAUUCCUCCAUGUAACAUGUUGCAAAGACCUUUUCAUUUCAAACAACCUUAUAGUUUGAUCUCAUCGGUUGUUCAUAUUUCUGUUACAAGCAUCACUGAAGCCCCUAUGUGUAGGAUGAGUAGGACUGGAAAUUUUCAAGCUUUGGCGCCCCCUAUGGAGGAUUAAUAGAAGACACUUGGCAAAAGAGUACACCCCAUGGACGGGACCCCGAGACCAUGUGAGUGAAGGACUGACUCAUGCCUUAAAAUUAGAAUAUCACAUAAUAAUCCUACAGAUAGGGGCUUUCCAUACAGUUGCAAGAGACAGUGUUGAAUGGUGAAUUAUUUAUUGCUAUGGCACAUAUUCAUAGGACUUCUCCCUUACAGCUGGCGUGAGUGCUCCUCAUACCACUGACAGCUGGGAGAUUUAGUGAUCUGUUGGACAAGGUCACCGCACUAAGUUUGCUCAUAUACUGUGGUAUUCUUGUGUAGUUCUAAACGCUGUGCAGAAUGUUUCAUUUCUGUUGUUGGCUUGUAUAUUAUUUCCAUGUGUGGUUAUUGUUUCUAAGUGCGAAAAAUAAUCAUUAUUUGCAAAUGACAAACUUGUAUUUAUUCAAUAUAAGAGACGAAUCCUUAGGUUUUGUUUUUUUACACACCGUCUGCAUUGGACCCAUGUGUUGUAAUAGAGGCUAUUCUUAUUAAUGUGGAUUACAAGAAGAGCAGACCAGAACAAUCCAAUAAAAGCAGCGGAAAUGCAACUAGGCACUACCCAUGAACCUGAGCUGUCUGCUCUCUUUAGCUCAAAGAUAUCCGGUUACUCUGCAGCGGGUUAUGCAUUGCUAACUCUGUCUAUCAAGUAACCAAAGCGGAGUCAUUUAAAGUAGGUAUGAGGGUCCACUCAGAUUGUUAGAUGUCCACAAGAUGUUUCAGAAACAGGCAAAACUAGGUCUAGUGAUUCCAGUAAGUUAUGAUAUUCAUGUGUUGCAUUUUGAGCCCAUGGUAACCUAAAACAUAGUUUAAGCUUAAAAGGUUAGAUAGACACAGACAAAAACAUCCUGACUGAAUGUGUGACUCCCCUCCCUCAUGGCAAACUCCUGAACUUUGACCUCUCUUUUUUUGGGACCAAGUUGACUUGUUCUUCCAGUGAAUACGAACCUUGUCUGGACAAAGGUCACAUGAUGCAGCAAUGUCGUCUCUUUGUAAGAAUCAUAAAACACACUCAUUUAAUUUCAAACUUUACUCACAUUUUAUUUACAUUCUUGAGUCUUGCCAUUGCUACAUAUCAGCAAAUCAAAUUCUAAA